CCAAUCCCUAUAUUAGCUCGCAUUUGGAGAAGAUUGCUUAUCUCCCAUACAUCUCUCCUUACAGUGUUAGGUGUUGGCAACGGAAACCCUAAUUUCCUCUGCUAUGUCCUUUGUCCUCUAACUUCAUGUCCCACUGAGAUAGCCAACAGAGCGGUGUGAACAGAGAGGAUGCUCUAAAGAAUUAGGUCUGGACGAAUCUAUGUGCUGUGUGUUUCAUCCAAUGGACUCUCCAAAUGUGUAUCUGUCAACACAUCUACAUUGCACACUAACACCUCGCACAGAGUAGAGGAAUGCGUGGAGGAAGCGCGCUGAGUAAACUGUAGAAGAUAUUCUAGGCACAAGGGCUAAUUGGCGCGAUUCUUGUCCCAACUGAGUGUCUGAAACGAGUUCUUAAAGACUCGCGGGGAAAAACAUUUCCGCUAUCAGGAGUUUAUUCUCUUGCUUGUGGAUAUGGGGAGUGACACAAUGAAGAUUGCUUGAGAAGUGGGAACCACGCCACGAUUUAAAGUUUUGCAAGAGGCUUUUGGGGAAAACUACACAAUACUGGCGCUAUGUUGGAGAGGCAAGCAGCGGAUUUUUGAACAACAUUGUAGCUACGGAACUCACUGCCGAAAUUCUAUAUUCCCAUGUCAUCGCGCUGACCCUGCUCCCCGGACAGUGAUAAGUCAUUUAUUUUGAAGUGGUUGAAAUCUCCUCCCCGAUCCCGAUUGCAAGCUAUAUGAAGGUGGCACCGUGAUUCAACGAAGAUUGACGUGUGUUAGGAAACGGCUUAAAUCAGUUUAUUUAGUCAGCUCAUUAAACUCGUGCAUCAUCAACUUUUUGCAUCACAUUUUCCCUGAACUCAUCACAUUGAGAUUUAACUCACGCAUCUUAAAGAGGAUUCAGUGGUCAUUUCGGAACUUGUUGAACACUCACAAAGACUGGACCAUCGUACCGCGAACACAGAGGGAAUCAUAAAAAAACUAGCACGGGUGCGAGGUGCAAAGCGAUGACUGACAGGAAGCAAACCUGAGACGGCUGUCACUCAUCGCCCCGGGCCAAGCAAGCGAAUCACCUGAGUGUCACGGACGGCAUUUAAUGACCUCGUGCUCUCCUUUCCCCUCUCUCGUUAUCACCUCAACAGCCGGGGACCCCCCCCUCCCCCCCUGUUCCACCCCACUGACCUGUCAGCUGAGACACCGGAUCUAACCACAGAACUUGGGGAGACGAGACUUAGUGCAGAUUUAGGCAGAGCUAGCAGCCUCCCCCACCCCCACCCCCCAAAAGCAGCUAACACAAAGCUGGCAUGCCGGCACGGUUCCAAAGCUCUCCACUCAACAGAAGUUGGAUUAUUUUAUAAGAUUGCCCCGGCCACUCUCUCUCACUUUCAUUUGGGGAGCGGGGUAAAGUAUUCUAGAGAGGAAUUUAGAGAGGGCUCACAAAGGAAGCAGCGAUGCGUCUGCCCGUGCUGUUGACACUGCAGGCCGUGUGGGCCGGCCUGUGCCACGCCAUGCAGAAUUACCCCGCAGCCUGGGGACACUACGACGUCUGCAAGUCGCAGGUCUACACCGAGGAAGGCCUGACCUGGGAUUACAUGGCCUGCCAGCCAGAGGCAGCCGACAUGACCAAGUACCUGAAAGUGACACUCGACCCUCCCAACAUCACAUGUGGAGACCCGCCUGAGACAUACUGCGCCUUGGAAAAUCCGUACAUGUGCAAUAACGAGUGUGAUGCUAGCACCGAGGAGCUAGCACACCCCCCUGAACUGAUGUUCGACUUUGAAGGCCGAAAUCCAACAACAUUUUGGCAGUCCUCCUCUUGGAAAAAAUACCCAAAGCCCCUUCUGGUCAACAUCACCCUGUCCUGGAACAAAACUAUAGAGCUGACAGAUGACAUCGUAAUAACAUUUGAGUCCGGUCGCCCAGAGCAAAUGGUCCUGGAGAAGUCCCUGGACUACGGUCGAACUUGGCAGCCAUACCAGUUCUACGCCACAGACUGCUUGGAUGCCUUCAUCAUGGAGCCCAAGACAGUUCAGGAUCUUACUCAGCAGACCUUGCUGGACAUCAUCUGCACAGAGGACUACUCCCGGGGCUAUGUUUGGAAGUAUGACAAAACGGUCCGCUUUGAGAUCAAGGACAGGUUUGCCCUUUUCGCUGGGCCCCGGCUCCACAACAUGGCCUCGCUGUAUGGACAGCUGGACACCACAAAGAACUUGAGGGACUUCUUUACCAUCACAGACCUGAGAAUUAAACUCCUCAGGCCAGCCACGGGAGCCACCAUGGUGGAUGAGAACAACCUGUCCAGAUACUUCUACGCCAUAUCUGACAUCAAAGUGCAUGGAAGGUGCAAGUGCAACCUUCACGCCAACAGCUGUGUCUUUGACAAAGAGAAACUGACUUGCGAGUGCGAGCACAACACCACAGGCCCCGACUGCGGGAAAUGCAAGAAAAAUUACCAGGGCCGAGCAUGGAGCGCGGGCUCCUAUCUUCCGAUCCCGAAGGGAACAGCAAAUAUCUGUAUUCCCAAUAAUGUCGGUCCAGUUAUUCGGCUGAAUGUUUCAUCCCUAGGGGUUGCUAACCGAAAUCAAGUUGCUCCACAAGUUGCUUUGUCCACUGUCCCUUCCGUUCAGCUUGCAAACAGCAAGAAAGAUUGCGAAUGCUCCGGCCACUCCAACCGGUGCAGCUACAUCGAGCUGCUAAACACGGUCAUUUGCAUCAGCUGUAAGCACAACACUAGAGGGCAGCACUGCCAGUUGUGCAAGCUGGGCUACUACAGAAACGUCUCAGCAGAGCUGGACGAUGAGAAUGUUUGCGUAGACUGUAAUUGUAAUCCCUUUGGCUCAGACAGUGAUCGCUGUAAUGGCACAGGAUUUUGUAAAUGUAAGGAGGGAACAACAGGGGCUAAGUGCCGUGACUGUCUUCCGGGAUAUUUGUGGGACAAUGGCUGCAAAUCCCAAGUGUGCAACAACGAGCUGAUGCGCUGUCAGAACGGCGGCGUGUGCCACAACAACGUGCGCUGCCAGUGCCCCGCGGCCUUCACCGGACUGCUGUGCGAGAAGCGUCGGUGCGAAGGCGAGGCCGGGGGCUGCGGGGGCCCCGACUCCGGCCAGGCCGCACUCCCCCUGCCCCCGGCCCCCCUGCUGCUGCUCCUGCCCCUCGCCCCCGCCCUCCUGAGGGAGGCCUGCUGGCCCACGGCGCUCUGAAGCAGAGCGACAGAGAAAUAUAUCCAAAAAAAAAUCUACAAGCAUACAAGCAAUCCACCCAACCCAAGACACAGGCUGUCAAUAAGGAAUGUGCCAGAAUGAAAGCAAAACUAUAAUUUGAAGAAGAAGAAAAAAAUUAUAAUAAAGUAUUGAAAUCAAAAAUAAAUACAUUUAAAAACAGAAAAAAAACAAAGAUAUAUUUAAUGAAAUAACUGAGCAUUUGCUUCAUAAAGCCGACAAAUGAACGGAGACCAGUGAACUAAGCCAUACUAGAUACCAUUCCCCAAGAGAGGAUCCAGAGAUGAAAGACUGUUUUUCCUCAACCUCGCCGCGGCAACAGCAGCUGAAACCACUCGAUGGCGAUCACAACAAUGUCAGAGCCACACUCUGGUGCUUUUGAGUAAUAUGUUGGCUGGGUUGCUUUGGGCUAAUCUGACGCGAAGCAAUGUAGGACUGUCCAGUUUGUGUGGACUGACACUGAAAUUAAACUCAAGCAUUCUUUGCUGUCAGUGCAUUGUGGAUAUAAGGAAAAUCACACCGACUGGCACGUUUGACCUGUGACCUGCAUUAGUCCCGCCCUCUACUCUCUCUGCCCCAGUUAUCCCUCCCUGCCCCCUCUUACCUGUGCUAUUGUGAAAGUUACUCCUGUAACCCUCGUUGGUUGAAAGAUUUUUUGUCCAAUGUUAGUGACGCACAUGUGUAAUAGCCCUGCCCCCGCCCCGCCCCCCCCACCACCACCCACCCAAAAAAGUAAAAAGAGCAACCCCCUGUCCUUCUUUUAUCUUAGAAGCACUGCAUCAAUAGAGAUCAUCGCAAAGAUGCUAGUGUCCACAUGAGCAGAAGUGCUUAGAAAAAAAAUCAGUGUAUUUAAUUUUUGUAUUUAAAGAACAAGUUAUUUUCUUGAUGAAGCAAAACCAUGUAAUGCAUAUACAUUUUUGUAUUAUUGCCGAUACAUGUUAAAAGGCAACUUGUUAAUAUAUUCAUUCAUUAUGAGAAGGAGAAAAAUAAGAAAUGGUUUACUUUUUAUUCCUAUUUGGUUGUGCAGAGCUUCCUCUGUAUUGGCAACGUGCUGGCAUCAAAGAAUAUAAGUUUACAUAUAUACUAAAGUGUAAUAAGAUUCCACCAAAGGACAUUUAAUUGUUUUCUUGUUGCUUUAACACUGGAAAAUUUAAGUGAAUAAAAUAUAUUGAGGAAAAACUG